ACCGUGAAGACAGUCAAGGUUCUCCCGCCUGCGUAGCCAAAGAUACUAUGAUUUCGUUAGCUCUGAUUAUCUUGUGCUUUUUUCCGUUCGUGCAAAAUGAGUACUUUCGUCCUUCGUACCAAGUCCUUGUGCGCAGAAGGAAUACUCUAGGAGAUUUGAUCGACGGUCACUGCUAUGGAAAUAUCAUUCAGAGUCGCCUGGUUUUGACUUCAGCAUCGUGUUUAUUGAGUGAUAACGAUUUCGUAAAUGGAAGAGAAUUGUUAAAAGCUGAUGAGUUGGCGGUAUCCUUUAAGGGCGAAGAUUUGAUCGAGUUGAUAUACCUCGUUGGUGGCAUAGACAUCUAUCCGCAGUUUAAUUUCUCAUCGUUGGACAAUGAUAUAGCUAUCCUAAGUCUCAGCACGCAACUUCCUCUUUCCGAGCGAAGCGAUAUUGAAUGGGUUUUAGUCGCCGACUAUGAUUUUACCGAUUCUCCAUUGGAGGAGGGCGUGGAAUCUUACAUUUGGAAGAUUUCGGAUGGAGAAAACAUAUAUCCCGGUUAUGGUGUUAUUCAUGAAAGCAAUUUAGUUGGAAUCAUUUCCUAUGGCUUGCCAUCGAAAAAUAAACGGGAAUCUAAUCUUGAAGUUCGGCGCCCAAAUAGGUUUACGCAAUUAAAUCCAUAUUUAAGUUGGAUAUAUACAAUAAUACAGAAUGCAGAGAUUGCGGACAUUCAAAACAACAACUACAGUGCAUCUCUACCUUAUCGUCAAAGAAAAAUCGCAGAAAUAGUUGAGGAAUUCGUUGAGCCUGAUGCAGUGUAUUUUCCAGACCCAGCAAACCCCAUUAAAGAUGACAUUGAAACUGAGGUCGAAGAUUUGGCGGAUUCAGAAACUGAUUCUAUAAACGUGGAAAGCGUCUCAGAAGACUUUUUAAACACAGAGGACCCUUUUAAUGAAAACAUCGAAAGUGAGAAAGAAUUCCUAAAAAACGGAGCAAGCAUUUCUAAGGCCAAAGGAGUUUGUGCAUGGAUAUUCAUAUUUAAUUUACUACUAGCAAAAACUCGCACAAUAAAUUUUCAUUUUUCUUAACUAAUUUUUCCAUUUAUUUUGUGAUCUGUAAUUAGAUCAGUUUCAAUAGCUUAAAUGUAUAUUUAACCUGCAAAGUAACAAAUGUGCUGCAUUAAAAUUCAAAUUUGUAAAACAUAAAUUGUAAAUAGCA